AACAAUGUCAAACUGGUUUUGCUUGCACAUUUAUAUUAUGUUUUAGAUUUUAGUGAAAAAAUUAUAUACUUAGUAGAGAUAGACUGAAGUUAUAAUACAAAAAAAAUAGUCAACUAAAGAACAUAAUGGACCAAAAAAAUUCAACAGAUAAACAAAAGUGUGAAUUAAUAUCUGGAAAACAUAAUAUCAAAGGCUCUUGCAGGGUCUGCAUGACAAAAAGUACAAGUAUGAGAGAUAUAUUCGACGUAGAAUCCAAUAUAAUUAAUAAAAUAGAAUUUUGUACGGGCCUAAAAUUGUUGGAACAAGAUGGCUUGCCGUCUCAAAUAUGCGAUGUCUGCCUGACAGAUCUGUCUGUUGCUCACAAGUUUAAAACAACCUGUGUACACACCGAGGAGAUGUUACAGAAAAUCCUCCUUCAGAACCUCAAAGUGGAGUUAGAUGAUGAUUACGAGGGUUUCACCGUCAGUGACGAUGACACAAAGGAUGUUUUCCAAGUCAAAAAGGAAGAGGUUGUUGUGAAGAAAGAGCCGAUUAAAAGUUCACCUCGAAUAAAACCAUCAGUAAGGAAAAAAAUACAGCCAUCGCGAUGUCCAAAGAAGAAACCCGACCCGUUAUAUUGUGAAGCAUGCAAGUUAAUGUUUGCGAACAAAAAGGCGAAGGACGAACACAACAGGAAAUUACAUAAAGAUGAAAUAGAAAAUUUUAUAUGCGAGAUAUGCGGUAAAGUAUUCCUUCACAGAGCUUCGCUGUUUAGCCACAGUCGCUCGCACCUGCCCCCGCAGUUCGCGUGCUCCACGUGCGACUACGUCACGUGGCACAAACACGACCUCGCCAAGCACGUCCUCAUACACACUGGCAACAAACGCUAUCAAUGCGAGUACUGCACAGCUUCGUAUUACACCUCGUCGAACUUGAGCAGCCACAUCCGCCGCUUCCACGAGAAGAUCAAGCGGUACCCGUGCGCCCUCUGUGAUAUGAGAUUCUACGACACAACCAAACUGAACCGGCAUCUCGACUCGCAUAAUGAUGUCAAACGAUUCGAAUGCGAGGUCUGUCACUCCUGCUUCACCCGCCGCUGUUACUGGAAGAAACAUCUGCAGCGGCAGCACAACAUCACCAUCCCGGCUCAGAGGCCGGGCAAGCAGAAAGUGAACGUUGUUGUCGGGGAGCUCGUCAGCGAAGUUGCUAAGAUAUUUAAUAAGUGUUAAAAUUGUGCAAAAAAACAAACUAAGAAGUGCUUGUGCUCAAGAGUGAUAUGUUUAGGCAAUAAAAGACGAAAUGAUAGUCGGAGAAUCGUCGGAGAUCGAUAUAAGUGUUAAAAUUGUGCAAAAAACGUGCUUGAUGUGGUCAAGAAUGCUGGGCAACUGUUUAUCAACGAAGUCGCUAAGAUAUUUAAUAGGUGUUAAAAUUGUGCAAAAAAAAACAAGUAUACCUUCCUCUCGAAUCUCUAUAUAUUAAAAAAGCCACAGUCACAAUGUGUUAUGUAAGUAGUAUGUGUUGUGCAGACAGAUAGAAAGAAGCGACUUUGUUUUUUAUUAUAUAGUCAUAAUGAUUCAAGGAUAUUCUAGGAUUAUAUCUACACACUUAUUAAUGAAAAUAUCACAGCACAUGCACACACACAUAAUUUCAGCUAAAAUAUGUUUUGUUUCGUUCUGUCAAUGUCAAAUAUUGUAAAGUGCAAUGGAGACAGAACAUAAUUUAGCUUAAAGUAUGAUUUAACUUUUUAUACAUAUAACUUUUAGGCAUGGAAUUAGCAGGUGCUCCGUGUACGAAGUACGUACUAAAUCCAUGCUUUUAAGUCAACGUAAAGUUUUGUUUGUCUUUAUUGACGAUGGCUGAGUACAAUAUAGCAAUAUUUUAAGCAUAAUAAAUUUAUUUUACAAUUUGUUAUUUAUUUACUUAAAGUAACUUGAAAUAAAUCGGUUAAAUAAUAA